AUGAGACCAGAUGCCGCGGCGCUGACCAUGCCCCGGCCACGUGAUGACGACAAUGGAAGCGCAACAGAUCCCCCUCACAAGCUCCGCAAAUCCCAGCUACCAGCAGUGGUUCAGCACGGGAACAAAAAGGCAGAAGUGUCCCUGCCAACUAAAAAAGCAGAGACAGGAGCUCGCAGGUCACCCAGGGGAAGGGAAGGAGGGGCAGCCACCUCCGCCUUCUGCGCCUCGGGUACCGAUGGAUGUCCCGAGAGGGCGAGGAGGCAGCGCCACACGAACCUAAACGAUGAGAGAGGGCCCGUCCCGCGGCCCGCCCGGGAGCCCGGCCCUCUCUGUCGUCGAAGAGCUGCGCAGUCGCUCCGCCCCGUCAGGGUGAGGCCAGCGGUGACACCACGAUGGGCCGGGCUGCACUCGGUGGUGGACAAAACGGGAGCCGGGAGCCUUCGCCGUAUCCUCGCAGGUGGAGGCGGCCUCGGCGACAGAACCGCGGGGGAACAUCUGGGCCGGGGCCGCCGCCGGGGGCGGGGCCGGGCGUUCCCAUGGGCAAGGCGCUCGUUCCCAUGGGAACGCCGCCAGCCCCGGGCAGCGCGGGGCGGCCGAGUGGCGGCUGCGGCGCCGUGCGGGGCGCGGCGGACCGGGACGUGGCGCGGCGGGCCGGGACGUGGCGCGGUGGCGGAUGAGCUGACCAGCGCCGCUGCCCGCGGGGACCCGCAGCGCCUCAGAGACUUGCUGGACGGAGCGGCCGACCCCAACGCCGCCAAUUCCUACGGCAGGACACCCACCCAGGUGAUGAUGCUGGUGGCCGAGCUGCUGCUGCGGCACCGGCUGCCUCCCGGCUUUCUGGAGACGCUGGCGGCACUGCACGGGGCCGGGGCGAGCCUCGACCUCCCCGACGGCCGCGGCCGCCGGUCCCUCGACGUGGCGGGGUGCCCGCACGGAGCGGUGGGGCGGUACCUGCGCGACCCUCCGCCCUGUGCCUAACCUCUCCCCGGGCCAUCCCCUUCCCAGACUUAUUGCCCGCGCCCAACUCGGGGGACACCAAGUGGAACAGUACUCAUGCCAUGUUGUGAAUAACCCUGGAUCGCGUUUCCCUGCUGGACGCACGAAGGACAGUAUUCUUUGCUCAUGACUGUGUAUUAUCCUUCACUGGAAAUACUAUGGCCCUCCUCAGGCCCCUUUUUUCACACAAGAAUCCAUACACUGAAAAGUAGUAUUAAAUAUGAAGUAGGAAGUAUGAAAUAUGAAGUGAGAAAAUACUAAAUGUGAAAAUAUAAAUAGCAGAUAUUGAAUAUUAAAUAUGGAGGGAAAUCCCCACACAGAGAUAUGGUACUUAUAAACCCUUCCUCUGUUUUGAUAGGGCUGCCUCUCGACUUUCUGCUCCCUGGCGGCUCCCCCCUCAUGCUUGCUAGCCCCCCAUCUGAAGAAGAUGGGAGAGGUUUCAGGGUCUCCCUGUCCUGACAAUUUGAUUUUGGUUAAAGCAAUCUGAAGGGGUGCUGAAGCCAACCUGCCUUUCUCUGGCAAAUGCUUCCUGGUAUGAUUGCGGCUUUGGUAAAUACUUCAUUAAAAGCACGUAGGAUGCUGUGCAUGUCUGUACACGUACUCACAGCUACACAUUUGUAGCUUUCCAUGCGUAGGCUGCAGCUAUAGGAGCUGGAAAGAAUAAAUAAAAAUCGUAUCGAAAGCCUGAAACGAUCUUCAGUUGAAGUACCCUCUUUGUUUUAACAAUUUGUAAGUGGCCUCUUCUGAGUUAUAGCACUUCUAAAAAAUCACUUGAUUGUGAAACCAAGGCAGCUAUAAACGAAAAAUUAAAAAUCAUACAUCUGAACUCAACUCCAGCGCUCCCCAAGUUCUCGGGGGUGACAUAUUUGGUGAAGAAACAAGGAAGCAUUUGAAACAGCUCUGCUGCUGGCGGGGGAACGCGGGGGGGGGGGUCUCUCUGUUAAUUAUAUGACAGCCGAUACAUGUUUCGCUGGCUGCUUCGGCGCGGCGGAGUUGGAUAGAGAACCCCAGGAAAAAGAUUCAGCGGCAACCCAGGCUCUGCCGAGGCGAAAGGAGGAGGCGGGUAGACCCGAUCUCACGGCAGCGAGUCCCCAGGCCCCCAGAGAGGCGUGCUUGAGGGAGCGCACAGGGAGCAGCGAGCCGGGCGGUGAGGAAGGGACCGCGCUCCUAGCCGAUGCGAGACAAGAGGUAGACCCUUCCUCCCUCCCUGGAACCCAGGUGGGGUUGUGCUUACACGUCCUGCACCUUAGGGGCUGAGAAAGGCAAGCCAGGCGAAGCAGUGACAGAGUUCAAGUCUCGUACCCCAGCGCUAAUCCCGGGCGCUUUGCAGAGCUACCAGUAGAAAAGGUGCAAAAGAUUUAUCUCGGUUUUGCAUUCCUACUGCGUAUCCAGCCCCUAGGUAUCUCAUAUAGAAACAUGAAAAAUAAUGUAUAUGCCUUUUUUGUAACGUGUGGUUUAUUAUAAUGUAAUUUCAUACAAUGCUUGCUUUGUAAUUACUUCAUAUCUGUUGUCAUGCUAUAAAAUGUUUAGUUAUGUCAUUCAUGUAUAUAAUGCAUCUAUGUAAUAUCUAUAUAAAAUAUACACGAUACACAUAUAGAACACAUAUAUAAAA